ACUGUGAUAUCGCUGCGCUCCGCGCUGGAUUCAUCACGGGAGGAACUCCGCCGUCUUAAGGAGAGCGUCGGCGAUUUUUCUGGCGAGAGCUACGCUGAUGUGGUCGAGAGGCUCGCGCUUGAGAAUCACGUACUUAGGCAAAAGAUCCUAAGCAGGAACAGUGAGUUUUCUAGUGAUGCUGCCACAAGCCCGCCGCCCCAGCCUCGACUUUUUUCACUCGCAGUAGAGGACAUCAAAGAUCUGUCCGAGCAAGCAGGCGUACUGAUGGACGCGUCCAGAGGCAAAGUGGACACGGAGGACGUUGCUGGACGGUCGUCUUCGUCGGUUAUCGGGGAUCGUGGCGAUAGGAACGCCAGCGGCGACGACACGGUGGAGGAAAUACGUAAGAGUGAUGCGGAGUCCAGGUGUCAGAGGUCGAAGUGCACGAUGUCGAGAGACGUGACUGCUGUUAAACCUCUGAAGUUUGGCACGUCCUGUGUCGUCAGUUCGGACAUAGACACGGUGACAAGUGGAAGCACGAAGGAGGAGGUGGCUUCCGCCUUGACGAACAGACAGUCGAAAGACGUGGAGGCGGAGGAGGAGGAGGACAAGGACGAGGUUAGAAUCGAUCAUUUGGAAGUACCGGAGAAGGACCUCGAGGAUCUAAGCUUGAAAUCCGACGGUGACAACUCGGUGUUCAGCGACAAUCCGGACACUCAGGUGCUGUCGCAGCAGCAUCAACGUAUCGAGAACCAGCCGGCCGAUCAGCCAAAGCCGAACGAUCAGUCCGAGAACGAGUCUGAGGAGCUCGAUGACAUCGAGCUGAUAUUCACAACGGACGAGACUUGCCGCGAUCUUCGCCUUCAGGAGGAUCUCGUCUCCAUAACGGAGACCGAGACCUGGCAACAGCCUGCGUCUACCGGUCAACCGGCAUUGCUGAAGUACACGAAAUCAGCCGAUGGUGAAUUAGUUUGCAAUGGCGAGAAGACCAGCUCCGUCGACGAGGCGGUCUCUUCGCAGAGUUCGAGCAUCGAUCGCGAGGAGAGCGUGGACAGGUUCGACGAAAGCUCCAGCACCAGACUGAACAAAAUAUGGUCACAGUGUUCGGUGUUGGUCGAGACGGACAUCAGCAAGUGCGGCGUUGUCGAGGAACCUGAACAUCCUACCAGACACGCGGUCAGAAGGAACACUUUGGCUGCACCACCUACCGCCUACAGGCCAAUCAUUCACCGCGAAGCUUUAGCUGGUAGCCGACGAAAGAGUGCGGCACCGUUGAGACCGGUGAUGGACCGAAUUAGCGGGGCAAGGCGAGAGUCUGGUGCCCAAACAGACAUUUCUGCGCUUCCAGCCCACUGGCGUUCUGAGAGCUACCUCGCCCACAAAGUAGCUCACACGUUCACCACGUUACCCAGUAAAUUUGCUCUGCCGACCGGGGUGCCCGGAAGACUUCGACUGUCCGAUAAAACCCGAGAAGCAAGAAGAGUAAUGCUGUCCGACAUCAGUUUCACUAGCAUGGUGCCAGAACUGUCCAGAAGCGCUGAUCAUCUCUGUCAUGAUCCACAUGCACAGACAUGUUUCAGUUCGCGCGGCUGCGGCCUUCGAACACCGGACGUGCAUCGUCGCGAGUCACUCGGUUCUCCGGCAGGAUUUUGGCCUCGUUGCAACCCCAGCACAGGACUUCCGAGUCCUUGCGAUUGUCGCUUCUCCACUGACCUUUAUUCCUCUCGUUACCGUGGUUCUUUGUCUUCGAUCCCGUCGCCUGGAUUGGAGGUUGUCGGUGGCCCACCACGAAGACACUCGUGGAGAGCAACUGCAGCGUCCUUCGAUACUUGGAGAGUCCCGGUGGCCACUUCUACGCCACGACCAACCUGGUCUAUGCCUUCUUCUCCUACACACGUACAUCCUCCAGCGACAUCCUCGAAAACUUCUAAAAGCGUCCCAAAGAGAACGCGGUCGAAGGUCACUUUCCAAGGUAUGCUUCCUUAUCAUGGUAUAUAAAACUCUUUCAUUUGAAAAUUUUACGUCAACAAUUUAUUUAUUUGUUAUAAUGCAGCUGUGCAGCCUCUGCGAAAUAUUUGCAAAGAAUUUAUGCUCUAAAUAUAAUAAAUUCUUAUAUUCAGUUAUGCAGUCUCUGUUCCAGAUACAGAUUUUUAUAAUAUAUCUACUAUCUAUCUAAUAGUACAUAUAUUCCAAUUGUGCAAUCUCUGCAAAAUAUUGGCAAAGAAUUUAUGCUCCAAAUAUAAUAAAUUCUUAUAUUCAGUUAUGCAGUCUCUGCGAAAUAUGUACAAAGAACUUAUGCUCCAGAUAUAGAUUUUUAUAAUAUAUCUACUAUCUAUCUAAUAGUACAUAUAUUCCAAUUGUGCAGUCUCUGCAAAAUAUUGGCAAAGAAUUUAUGCUCCAAAUAUAAUAAAUUCUUAUAUUCAGUUAUGCAGUCUCUGCUCCAGAUAUAGAUUUUUAUAAUAUAUCUACCAUCUGUCUAACAGUACAUAUAUUCCAAUUGUGCAAUCUCUGCAAAGUAUUUGCAAAGAAUUUGUGCUGCAAAUAUAAUAAAUUCUCAUAUUCAGUUAUGCAGUUUCUGCGAAAUAUGUACAAAGAACUUAUGCUCCAGAUAUAGAUUUUUAUAAUAUAUCUACCAUUUAUCUAACAACACAUAUAUUCCAAUUGUGCAGUCUCUGCAAAAUAUUGGCAAAGAAUUUAUGCUCCAAAUAUAAUAAAUUCUUAUAUUCAGUUAUGCAGUCUCUGCGAAAUAUGUACAAAGAACUUAUGCUCCAGAUAUAG